UUUUUUUUUUUCAUUCAUUUUUACUUUUUUUUUUAUUAUUAUUCAUUGAGUUUCAAUGUCAAAGGAUGCGAUAAUGGAAACUAUUAUUGGACCCAUGCCUAUUGAUCCUGAUGAUUCAACACUUAACAAUGAUAAAGAUACUUCUUCUCAAGACAAGAAUAAAAAAAAAGACGAUAUGGACACGAAUGAACCUAGUAGUGCUAUUGAUACUAAUGAUAUUGAUACCGAACUGGAUUUAGCACUGGAUAAUCAUCUUCGUGCUAUGGAUCAUCAAAUACAAGAUGACGAGGAUGAAGAAGAUGAUUAUGACCAAAGCGAUACACCUUCUCCACCUGCUUUAUUCUUUUUAUCUCAGAUUGGCAAUAAAUUGGACCAUUUGGAAUACGAUCAACGCAUCUUACAUAUAGCUAACACCAACAUAGUUGACAUGUCUUGGCAAGAUCUGAAGACCCUUAUCAAAGACACAUUCUCAAAGCAAUGCACAGCCUUUGAACAAGGGAUUUCUGAUACAGACGUACUAUCAGCUGUUAAUGGUAUCAAGACAAAUAUAUAUCAUUGUAUUGAUCAUCAUUCUGGAAUUCCUUUUACUAUUCAACGAUUAUGCGAAUUGAUCUCAGAACCUACACGACACUAUGAAUAUUUUAUCAAAUACCUUCAUGCUAUUGAAAAGGUUUUAUCAGUAGCAUCUACUUUGGAUUCAUUUUCAGAAGAUGAUCCUUCUCACACGAAUGGAUCAACAGAACAAUUGGAUCAUAUGUUACAUUUAGGAUAUGAAGUGACUCUACCGACGUAUACACCCAUUUCCACCGAAGAUCAAAAGGAUGAUGAUAAGGAUACAAUUGACAAUGAACAAUCCCAGUCUAAUGGCAUCUUACAUGAUAAUAACACGGAGGAGAAAAACGAUGUAGAUAUGGAUACUCAAGAUGAUGAAGCAACAGUGACAGAUUCUUCUUAGACAUCCUUGUUCCCCAUGAUAUCUAGUUUAUUUUAGUUCUUCUUUUUGUUUUUUUGUUUUUUAGUAUAUAUUUAUAUAUAAUCUUCUUCUAUUACAAGUCAUUUACAAUUUUAUACAUAUCAUUUUUUUUUGAAUAUAUAUAUAUAUAUUGAUUAUAUUUUAUUGAUAGAUUUGUAUUUGAUAUAUAUAUAAUAAGUGUGUAGAU